CGGUCGGUUCUUCGCACAUGCGUGCUGUCUUCUGGGGCGAAGCCAACGGACCUUGACAUGGCCGGCUCGGUGCCAUGUCUCGCCUACUGCGAAGCGAGGGAAGGCUGUUGCUUGUCGGCCUUUCCGUUGCUGGCAGCUGCGAGCCCAGUUGGCUCUGCGCCUCGGAGCAGCUUCCGGACUUCGACUGCCUGGGGGACCCGCGCGCCCAGCGGAUCCUGGAAGCAGCCCGAGGCUUGCGCGCGAGCCUCGAGCAGUUGGCCAGGGAGGGCCCCGGCGACGUCUUUAGAGAGUCGUUGCCUGUCCUCGAAUGGAAAGAGGCAGUGUAUAGAGACGACGUCUUGGCGGAGGAGUGUCCUUACGCCUUGGCGCUGCUUCGAUUCCUCCGGUGGUGCCAGAGCCACGUGGACGCCCACAGCUCGGACUCGGAUCGCUUCGAGAUCUUCGAGGUGCUUUUCCAGAGUCCUUACCUUCUCACGCCGGGAGAGGUCUUUCCUACCUUCGUCAACAGCCGGUUUGUCAAGGAGAUGUGGCCCCUGGUAGCUGCCAUCGCGCCUCUAGUUGCCCGGAAGGCUGGGCCGGACGACGAGCUUGGGGCGCAGCUGCGGUGCCAGAGCACUGAGGUGAACUGGACCGAUUACCUGGAGCGACUUCAAAGCAAAGCGCCCGAUGCGCUGGUUUGGUUCGACCUGCCGGGAGUCGCCGCCUUCGAAGAGCUCUUCCGAAGGAACAUGCCUGAGAAGUUCUUGGAUUGCCCCCUGGGCGUGCUGGUCUCGUUGCUGGAGAAGCUGUUAGUGAUGCAGGAGUUUUACACAGAGGGCUACGGACUGGUUGCAGCUGAGAUUGCGGCUGCCUUUGACGGGCUGCAGCAGUUGGCGCACCACUUGGGCCGCAGCACUUUGGACUUGCUCUUCCUCUCCCCGUGGCCUUUUUGGGACCACUUGGCUCACCUCCACGAGCGAGGCAGCCGGCGCCUGCGCUAUGACUUGGACUUCUAUCCCUGGGAGAUCCUGUCCAACCCGGGCAGCCCCUCUGUCCGGCGCUGGCUACGGAAUCGGCCUAGCCAGACGAUGCGGAGCCUGCUGCUGGCGCUGGAGGAGAUUUCAUCCAGCGAGGCCUUCAAUCAGAUCCUGCUGUGCACCUUGCUUUGGGGAGGGCGGCUCGCUGGAUAUCUCCCAGCAGCCCUGCAGAGGAUGGAGGCCUUGGGCUUCCUGCAUCAGUACCUCAUCUUUUGCGGAGGUGAGGCUUGUGAGGUUUGCCGUGGCAGCCACCGAUGGCCCUCGCUCUGCGUCGGCAUGCAGCAGUUUGCGCUCUUCAGCAAGCAUGCCAUGAUCGCAGCCAUCGUGAACCAGGGCUUUGACCUCCUCUACCUCGACUUUGACACGAUUGUGAUGCAGGACCCCUUUCCACGCCUAGCACGUGAUGCUGAGAUGUUGGUGAGCCGGGACUUCGGCAGUGAAUGCCUCAACACGGGAGUGAUCUACGUGAAGGCAUGCCCGAGCACUGCGGACUUCUUCCAUCGUUUGUUGCUUUGGCUUUGGCAUCACCCGUUCGAGUUCUCGCAGAAGGCCUUCGCGGGGCUGCUGGGCCAGGAGCAGCUGGCCGCGGAGCCCUCGCCCUUGCAGCGGCGCCUCCUGGCGCCGCGAGCGGCGCUCCAGGCGCCGCGCUGGGCGCUGCUGGAUCCCAUCAACGAGUUCGUCACCAGCAAGGUCUACUCCACGCAUCUUCCUGGGGUCCACUUUGAGGGCUGGACCGGCGAGUUGUCGCAGAUUGUCGUCUUCCACUUCCUGGACGGCGGCGGCGUGGUGGACCCGACGCGGUCCGUACGCGGGUCCUACAAGGACUUGUUUGAGGUCUUCCUUUCCAAUCCCAAGCUCAACCUCUCUGACACGACGCCUUUGUACGAGCAGGACCCAGCGGUCAAGGAGGAGCUGCUUUGGAGCCGCCAUGAGGCGGUGCCACGUGAGCUACUGAAGUGCCGCAUGGUGAACAUGUGACCUGCUCCGGAAGCGAGUCGCGACACGCGAUUCGCGACUCGCGACUCGCGACUCGCGACGACCCAUGGAUCUCGAGGUGAGAAUCCAACGGGGCGGUCGCGAACUUGGGGAGUGAAACUGGUGCUUCCCGCAUGGAUUAAUGGGUCCUUUGUGUAGCUCAAGAUUCGGGUUUGCACAUGGUAGGCCUGGAGCGU